GUUUCGACACUAUGAUUAAUGAGGCCUGUUGAUGUGGAAAAGUUCUGGACAUACUGUGCAAAAGUUGGAGUGGUGAGUAAGAAACUAUCGUUUCGCACGUCAUCACCACCUUGGGGUCCAGUCUCGGUGUUUGUGGAUGAGCCUGUAGCCUAUGGUAGCCCCAUUGUGGUUGUUCCCUAUCAAGCUGUUCUAAACUGUCAAACAAUACGAGGCAACCGCGUCCCGUGGAGCCUCCCUACGUUCUACAAAAUGUUCCAGUUUCUGACUAGGAGAGGUCGAAUGGAUUCUGAAACAGCACAGUGCCUAUGGCUUGCGUCAUAUUUAGCUACCCAUCAUAAAAAUAUGUCCUCUUCGAAACCUUUGGCUCCAUUACUUUCCUUUGGUUUAAAAACUGAGUUAUCAUCGCUCUUUACACCCGAGUUUGCCACUUCCUGCCCUUUUGUCGUAGAAGCUCGGGACGAUGCAUCACUUUGUCGUAUGGACCGUUUAGCCACAUUUCACGUUCACCUUGCACACACCAUGAUUCAGUUUCACAGAAGACGUAAAGGUAUAUCUUCUGCGUAUGAACCCACAUUGCAUCAGCUUAGUUUAGCGUACCGAACCGUUAUCAAGCACUCUCUACCCCUUCCUAUCAAUUGUGAGCCCUCAACCCCUGCGGAGCUGGCAGAGUUCAUGGAGGCUACCCCGGAUUUGACUAUAUUGCCUUCCCUCGUUCCUGUGGUGGAUUUAAUUAGACCUGUUCAAAAUGCGAAUAACGAUAGUACUGGAGUCGAAGCCAACUCUGCAAUUUUUACCUGUAUACAAUCCGACUUCGAAUCACCCGUUACGCGACGCCGAAUUGUCUUCGAAACAACACCGCUUUCUUCACGAAGAGUAGCAGUAAUUGCUACUAAAAAUUUAAAGAAAGAUGAUGAAGUCAUUCUGGGUAUUGAGUAGAGGUCUUUUCGAGACAACAAGAAUAGCAACGAGAAGUUUUCACACAUACACACACACGCAUAUAUAUGUAUAUAUAUAUAUAUAUAUAUAUAUGCAUGAGUAAAAAAAUGGAAUCAUAAAG